CAUAUUUACAGUAUUACAAGUUUAAAUACUUUGUCCGUAAUGUUAUUUAGAAGAGCUCUGUAUCGAGUGAGUGUUGGAACUAUGGAUGGUGUAUCGUUUUCUCUCUUGGCAAGAUUAUCGGCAGUCAAAUGAAGAAAUCAAUAAACAACUGUUAUACAAGGCAGAUAUGAAUAGGGAUAGUAAACAAUGGAUAAAUGUUUAUUCAGGAACAAAUCUUGAAAUGGAGGAUGGUUCAAAUUCUGCGACAACUUUGAUACAACCAGGAACGUAUCAUCCCUUUAAUCGAUCACAAUGUUCGAAAUCGAUUAGAAGAAAAUAUCUUCGAGCUGUAUUUAAAAGCGGUGAAUUCAAUAUUUCCAGCAAAGCAACGAAAGGUGUAAAAGUGUUUUCGAAUUAUUUUUGUUUAUUGUUGGAAACAAGAUGGCGUUGGACACUUCUCCAUUUCUUUGCAGCAUUUAGCUGCAUUUGGUUAUUCUUUGGGCUUAUAUAUUAUAUAAUUUCUUAUAACCAUGGUGAUUUUCUAGAAGAAAAUCUUCCACCAAACCAAAAUAUUUCAGGUUUCACGCCUUGUGUUAAGAAUAUUUAUGGGUUUACGUCAACCUUCCUGUUUAGCGUCGAAGUCCAUACCACUGUCGCUUAUGGUAAAAGAGCUAUAACUUUGGAAUGCGCCAACACAAUCAUAGCGAUGUGUCUUCAAUGCAUUGUUAGUUCAUUUUUCCAGGCUAUAAUGGUUGGAAUUCUUUUUGCCAAAUUAACACGACCUAGAGCCAGGACUCAAACUAUACUUUUUAGUAAGCAUGCCGUAAUUCAUCUAAGGAAUGACAAAUUUUGUUUUAUUUUUCGUGUUGGAGACAUGAGGAAAUCCAGGAUAUUGAAUAUCCAACCAAAGGCUUAUGUUAUUCGGCUCGACACUGACAAUGAUAGUUUUAAUGUUACAGAACAAAUCGAAUUGAAACUGGAUUUUGAUGAAUGUGAAUCGGCGUUCUUCCUUUGGCCUAUAACCGUCGUUCACGUUAUAGAUGCAAACAGUCCAUUUUAUAGACUGUCCGCAGCUGAUUUACUUUGUUGUAAAAUGGAAAUAGUGGUCGUAUUUGAAGGUAUUAUUGAAUCAACUGGUCAGCCAGUACAAGCAAGAUCAAGUUUCACCGAAUAUGAUAUACUUUGGGGUCAACGUUUUGUUUCAAUGGUUGGAUUCAAUUUCGACAAAUUAAUGUAUCAUGUGGAUUUUUCAAAAUUAUCCGAUGUACAACGAGUUGAUACUCCUCUCUGUUCUCCCAAUGAGUAUGAUUACCUUUUAAAUAAGUUCUCUGAUUCUGUGACAUUGUCAUCUAAAUAUGAAUUUUAAAAACUUUUUAUACAGUUUUUAACGGAGCAUAUGGGAAAAUUUUACAUCAAAGUACAUACAUUUUAGGCAAGUCUUGCUGAAUUGAAAAUUUAUUAAUAACAUACUACGUGAAAAAUACUCGCGAAAUAAAAGAGUGUGUUAAUAUUAAUUUACACUUUUAUUAUGUCAUAAACAAAGAAAAGCACUGCCACAUUGUAAGUACAGAUCCAUUACUAGAAGUAUUAUAAUCUUCAUAUUAACAUCCACCGAUAUUUUUGUCGGUAACCUAUUUUUAACAAAGUAUCAUUAGAUUAAUAUAUAUUGUUUUAGAAGUUAUUUAAUUCU